GAAACUGAAAAACAGACCGAAAGCGUUCUAAGGCGAGACAGUACAGUUAAAGAUUUGGUUCAAGUUAACCUAUAUUUUAGAUCUUUCCUUUGCGAACAAUGGCUGAAAAUGUGUUUCUAUUUAUUCCAAAUAUCAUAGGUGAGUAAAUUUUUUUCUUGGCACUUUUUACCUCGUAACAGCUGUUUUAUUGUGGAAAUAGCAUGUUUCACUUAGAAUUUUCAAUAAUGUUUUAAUACCAUAAUCGUUUUCAGUCUCGGAGAUUUCAAAUAGCAAAUGGUACUUUACUGAUCUGACAGGUUAUGCACGGAUCGUGUUAGCCAUAUUAUCCUUCUACUUCAUGCCGACGAACUGUGUCGUGGCGGCAUCCAUGUAUCUUCUGAGUGGCCUGUUAGAUGCAUUUGAUGGGCAUGCAGCACGAUACUUUAAUCAAAGUGAGUUCGAUCAUUAAGAGCUGUAAUUUCCCAUCGCCAGGAUAUUUGACUCUUUUAAUGUGUCGCAAAGAGUCUUGUUUUCAGUUUGCGUGAUCAGGAGAAAGUCCAAUGACUCCUCUUCCUCAUGUGAUUAACAAAAUGGCAGAAUGCAUGGUGAUCACGAAUCACAUUUUUUCAAAAUAGCUAGGUGGGAAAAUUAAUUGUAGGUACCUCGUCUCCACUGUCUUCUUACCCACUUGUGCAAGUUGCACCACCGUUAAUUCUGUCCAGUGCGUUUUACCAUCUUUGGGGGGGGGGGAUACACAUGCAUAUUUGGGGUGGGUAUGUGAUAGGCAAGCUCUCAAACAUAGAUACUCCGUCAAUAGAUUUGGCCAGUUUUAACAACCUCUGUCCAGAAAUGUAGCAAAUAUUCCAAUGGUCUAGUUGUUUUUAAUAAAUAGUUAUUUGUUAAUUCAACUCAAAACUUUAAAAUGUUUUUUAACUUCUUAGGUACAAUGUUUGGUGCCAUGCUAGAUAUGCUCACAGACAGGUGAAGUAUCUUGUAUGGUUAAUUUAGUUGAAAUGAGGACUGGAAAAGAGAGAUUUGAGAAUAUUUAUUUUAUAAUUUAAUAACCUUUCAAAUCUCUGACAGGACCAAUUUUUGUUAUCAUUUUCCAUAGAUGUGUUACCACAGCACUUCUUGUGAUGUUAGCAGUGUUUUAUCCAAGAUUCACAUUUGUCUUCCAAUUGUUGAUAUGUUUGGAUAUUGCCAGUCAUUGGAUUCAUGUACAAAGGUAAAAUAGUUACAUUUCUAUCAUAAUUAACUAAUUAAUCUCAUUAAUUAUCACAAAUUAUUGAUGAAUGUUCUGUUGUUGGCCUUAUGAUAUUGUUGUUUUCAUGAGCAAUUAUUUUCUCAAAAUAUAACAAUUUUCUGUCUUUCUCAAUCAUUAGUUCAUUAUUAAAAGGAGGAGCUAGUCACAAGAAAAUUGAUUUAUCAGGCAACUUCUUCCUGCGGAUUUACUAUCACUCUAGGGUAACCAAUUUUUGAUAAUUUUUCUUCUUAUGCAGAGAAUACACAGGGUUAAUAUCAAGAUGGCAGUUCCCCUGCGUGUUGCCAAAAGACAAAAUUUAAACCUCCCACUGUGUUAAACCCUUUAACCCCUAAGAGUGAUUAGCAUCAAAUUUCUCCUCACAGUAUCACCCCUGAAUCAUCCAUUAAGGUCACAAGAAUAAAGGAAAUGAUCACCAACUAAAGAAGCUCUCAGUAUUAUAAAAAAAUAAAUUCACCUUGUCAGCACCUUAGGAAAUGUGUAGAGAACAGUAUGGAGAAUAUAUAUACUGAUGUUUAUGUGUAAGGGGUUCAGUUGCGAUCUCGUAGCUGUCACAGGGAGAUCAGUAACAAGCUCAGCUGUGAAGAACCCCUUCUUCCAUCUACAAGAUAAAUGCUUUGAGAAACACAGUAAAUUUCCAAAAAAUAAGGCAGUCUUUUUCUGGGGAAACCAGUGAGAAACCAACUUAAUGCUGUGUGUUCAACUUGAAGAAUUCUUUGUAUUUCAGUUCUCAAACUCUAGGCUUUAUUUACUAAUUUUCAGGUGGUACUGUUCAUCAUGUGUGCUGGUAAUGAACUCUUUUUCUGUAUGUUGUAUUUGGUUCAUUUCACAAGUGGGCCAGUCUGUAAGUACAAUUCUUUAGUACUCAUGUACAGAUACAUUUGUAUUUCAAGAAAACAUGCUUUUUUUAAACUCAACACAGUGAAAUGGCAGCUUUUGAGAUAAUUAUACACCAAAUGUUUAUUUCAUUGAAAAAGCAGUUCAGGUCUGUUUUUUUUAUUCAUCAGUACCUCUUUCUAAUCAGGUUUGAGGUAAGUUACAGAUCAAGUUUUUCUACUUGGAAUCAUGGCCUGGGCGCAAAGCACACUGGCCAUAAAUCAGAGCGUAAAAAAUUAAGUUCAGUAACUUAUGAUAUGGACUGAGAAAACAAGAUUAAUAAGAUGUUCUUUAUAUCCCUGGGGUCAAACAGAGGGGGAGGUUUCAAUUCAAACAAACUUUUAAAUUAAGCCAGCCAUACAGUGAAAUACAGCCCAUUUAAUUGACCAAUCAUAGCAUACACACUAACUGGGAGAUACUGUUUUUGUCAAAGUGUCUGUUGCUGGCAGCACAUUUGGUCUGUGGGUAGCUCUAGCUUGGCUGACUCUUCCUAUCUGCAUACUGAAGCAGUCCAUCAGUGUAAUUCAGCUCACUGUGGCAUGUAUCAACACUGCAAGCUUGGAUGAGAAUGAAAGAGUAAGAGUAAACAAAUGA